AUUUUAUUUAUUUUUAUUUAUUUAUUUAAUUUUAUUUAUAAUAUAAGAAAUAAUGUCCAAGAAAACACAAGCAGCAGAAGUGAUUGUCAAACUUUUAAUAGGAGCAGGUAAAGCAUCUCCAAGCCCUCCAGUGGGUCCAGCAUUAGGUGCUCGUGGUGUUAAAUCCAUGGACUUUUGUAAACAGUUUAAUGACAAGACAAAACAUAUUGCAACAGAUACACCUUUACCUACCGUUAUUACCAUCAAGCCCGACCGUACUUUCACAUUCGUCGUAAAGACACCACCUACUACUUAUUUUUUAAAACGGGCUGCAGGUGUUAAGAAGGGAGCUCAAACACCAGGUUCUGAAGUGAUUGGUAAAGUCAGUCUGAAGCAUGUAUACGAAAUUGCUAAAAUUAAACAACAAGAUGAUAAUUUGAAGCAUCUUUCUUUGGAGAGUAUUUCAAGUAGUAUUAUUGGAGUUGCAAAAAGUGUUGGUAUUCAGGUUGUACCUUAAUCAUUAUUAAGAAUGAAAGAAGAGAAAUGAAAAGAAGAGAAAAAAGAAAAGAAAAAAAAAAAGGAAAACUGUAUUAUAU